CAAAGCCUGACACGUCCAACCUCCGUCAUCCUUACUUUCAUCCUUUUUUUUGCUGCUGCUGCUGAUUUUGCUCUUGCGUUUCAUCGCCCCUUCGUUUCAUCUUCAUCAUCGCAGCCGUUGCUCUCACACACACCGAUUCCCGAGUCGCCCGCUUUGCUCGUAUCUCGACGACGGUCUCCUUGCUUACUCUCUCUCACAAACCAUUCUUCCAAGGGGGAGCAAAGAAACAGCACACCCAACAACCCAGCGCAACAGCGAAGCUUCGCAUCCCAUCUCGCCGCAAUUAGCACGUUGCAGCAUGUACUAAUAUAAACAAUCUACGCCAUAUAUAAUAAUACAAAAUGGAAGGUUCCUACAGCCGACCAGACGGCCGUGGCCAACCCACCAUGCCGACGGAUAAAGCACACGAUCCCACAUAUCAAGUCAACGUCAGUCGACAAAAGACGAAGAAAUGGGUCGAGGCCAAGACGCAAAACUAUGACGGCGACGACUGGGGAGCCGACGAAUUCGACGAUGACGACGAACCCCCUCGCAACCAAGCACCGCUUCCCCCUCUACCGGGCGCCCGGGCCGCCGUAACUACAAGUCAUCUGCCGUCGCAGGUGCCCAAUCCUCAUUCCCUUCAAGUUCGUACACAGCACCAGGAACAGGCUGCUUUGCGUACGGCUUCGCCUGCCAUAUCCGAUGCUUCGGCAAAUAUAACACCACCUACCGCAACCUCUGAGCGCAUGGUCUCACCUCCAUUGGCCAAUGUGCCGUUUGCGCAGCCACCACCUCAUACUGCAGCUCCGCCAGCACAGGCUCCGCCCGCAAAUAGACCAGCCUUUAUCCGCCCUUCGGACAUCUACCGUCGAAUGGAACAGGCCAAAAGCCCAGUUACAGAGCACGCAGGUAGCCCAGUAGCUUCUGCUAGCCCAGUUGCUCCUCAAUCGAGGCCAGCUGGUCCUCAGCCUUCUGCUGCAGCAUCUAGCCCGGCUGCCUCUUUCCAACCGCAACCUCGCGGUGAAUCUUGGCAGCCCCAGCAGCACCAGCAGCAGCAACCUCCAACAGCUCCUCGAGCUGCGUCAGCCUCGUUCCAAGCACCCCCUGGAGGGCAAUCAUUCUCACAGCCCGCCGUGGGCCCGACCCCAGGACAGUCUCCCUUUCAGACUCGUAGUGUAUCGCUACAGCAGGCCCCUGCACCCUCUCAACAGGCACCGGCUUCUUUCCAAACGCCCCCUCGUGGCCAAUCCCUUCCACAAUACGGAAAUGGCCCGCAGGCGAGUACUGGUCAGAGACCUGCUCACAGCGGCGCACCACAGUUCCUAAGCCAUCCAACCAAUGAUAGGCGUAUGUCUACUAGCCCGAAGCUACCGGACCUGGCCCGCAUGUCAGUCUUUGGCUCGGAUGACUUCUUUUCAUCUACUACGAAUAGCUUUAAUACGGAGCCCAUCCCGGAGACUCCUGAUCUUACGCAAUUCGAAGCACCUGCUAAGGCGACACCAGUGGAGCCAGCCCCGGCGGAACCAGCGAAGACAGCAACACCAGAGAGCCCUGCAGAGACAGCAGCAACUGAGCCUACGCCUGAGCCUAAGCCCGAAACCGCUGCCACUCCCGCUGUUGUUCCUGCUGCUGCUGCUGCUGCUGCUGCUACAACUUCGGCCUCUGCUACCGCCUCAGAACCAUUGAAGAAGUCGCCUCAGCUGCUUCCAGUUGACACAAAGGCAGUUCAGUCCCCCAAAAUUGCCACAGCGCCUGAGGACGAAGCUGUACAGGAAACGAAAGCGCCAGAAACACGAGCUGAGGCCACACCGAUCGAGCUCACAACACCUGUCACUACAGCACCUACCCAAUCUGUUGAAGUCACACCGACGCAGCCGUUGCAGGUUCGCAAAGGCGAGAGUCCUGUAUUGGACCCUCCACCCCCCCUUCAACGGGCUGGCACCUUCGACACUGAUACCUCAUCUCCUGUCAAAGAAAGUGAUGUACUGCGAGAUGAAAUCAUCCGAACUCUGAGCCCCGAUCCCGACCCACGUAUUGCUUCACUCGCUGAGCGGGAGAGUCAAGAGCGCAACAAGGUCCGUGACAGCAGCUAUACCCUCAGUGACUACGAUACAUACUGGGCUGAUAGCGCCCCGCCGGCCGCUGCUGCCGGCUCCGAUGCUGCGAGGGCACACGCCACGCCACUUGGCCUUACUAAAUCGCAGGAACAACCGGCUCCUGUCCCUGCGCCUACUCCAGCCUUGGCCUCAAAACCUGUGGAGCCCGUCGUUGCCAAAGCUGAUACUAAUGCACCAGUACCAGUACCAGUACCAGUGCCAGAGCCCGCGCCUGUGCAAGAGCACAUUCAGCCUGUGCCUCGUGUUGCUUCUGCUCUGCCAACCGAAGUUAUGGCUCCUCAAACUCCUGUAGCAGAUAAUGCGAACCAACGCAAUCCCAGACGCCGAUUUUCAUGGGAAGGAGAUGAAGAGGUUCUGGCACCACCAAAGCAAGCUUUACAACAGGCUCCAGCCGCUCCAGUUGCUCCAGGACCAUCUGCUGCGACAUCUGCUCCUGUUGCUGCAGCAGUCGCAGCAACCGCUGCCGUUGCUGGAGCCGCCGUGGUAGCUGGUGUUGCGGCUAACAAAGCAUCUGCAACGCAACCUACGCAAGAGGCCAAACCGGUGACAACUAGUGGAAGCGAUGCUAAACCGGUAGAUGCUGUCAAGGAUCUUAGCCCUGUACCUGGAAUUAAUGUCGUUCCCGAAACCAAGGCCAUCACUCCUCCCGAGCCUGCUGCACCAGUUGACCAAGUUGAAGCUGAUAACCAGAAGAGCGUUUCUGCUGUUACGGAAGACAUCGAUGACAAGUCUGCUGCCGGGUCUCGUUUGUCGCGCUUGUCACUCGCAGACGAAAAGGCUCUGACAGAAACAUCGUCACGCGUUGUCCCAGAGUCGCCGCCCAUCGCCGACCAUCCCGCCUUGGUUGAGCCGUCUGCUGGUUGGGUACCCCAGGUCUUGCCUCCUGUUGCCCAUCCUGUAGCUGCGGCGCAGACAAAGUCUUUCCGGGAAAUUAUGGGAAUGGGCUCUUCGAAGGAACGCAUUGCCUCGUUCAACGAGACGAGGGUCAGCUAUGCCACUACAGACAGUGGCUUGGAUCAGUGGCUUACAACUUUGCGAAACGAUCAUCCCGAGCAUCUGACCAAGUCCACAGCGCUGGCCUAUGUUCCAACUUCUGGACCGCCUGGUACCGCGUCUAGUGCUCAGCAACCGCCUGCACAACAGCCAUAUUAUCAGCAAUAUCUCAACGCCACGACUUCUUCUCCCACCACCACUCGAAGUCGCCUAGGUGGUCUCAGUAUCCCCUCCGCCAAUACGACAAGUUCCUUCAGUCACUCGAGUAACCAAUUGGGCACCAAGAGCAAAGAAUUUAUGCAGUCCGCUGGUAAGAUGGGCAAGGGGCUUCUUAGCAAGGGUAAAAUCAAGCUGCGUGGAAGCGGGGAAAAGGCCGAGUCUCCCUCUUCUCCAGCCCAAAAGACCAAACCUGACCGACGCACCUCUUGGGCUGUGAAUAUCAGUCCCAAGAAUAUCAGCCCCAAACGAAAAGCAGAUGUCCCUCCCCCAGCUGUAAACCACUACCAGCCUCCACAGCAUCAGCAGCACCAGCAGCAUACUCCAUCACCCAGUGUCUCGAGCAGGCUGGCUCCCCAGAUUCCUCAGCCAGAACCGCUCUCACCGAUUGAGCCAUCAGCAGACAAGAAUGAUCCAUGGGCAGCAGCUGUCGCAGAACAGGAGGACUCUAUCACGGCCGCUGAUAAGAACAAGGCCGUUCCUCCCGUACCAAGCACAGCGCUUUCUGGGGCAUCAGCAUCAAAUGAUGAUUGGGCCAGCGUUACUCGCGACAUGACCCAACCGGCGACAGCUCCCAACACAUUUGCUGCGCAGGACAGUGGUGUAGCGAUACAGCCAUCUCAAGCAAGUGAAGAUGUAACUCCACGGGAUGCCUCGUUCAUCGGUCUUCCUCCCAUUCGAAGAUCGUCCACGUUUGGACUGAGUAAAGCAAAGAAGGCAAAGGAAGCAAAGGAUAGAUUUGCACUUGAUGAAGACGAUGUCUCGCUACCUGAGCGUAGUGUUGCUACCCCACCCAUUGCCGAGCACACGGCUACUACUGAGCCUGAUAUCUCGGACGACAAUGCGUCAGCCGCAACAAGUGGCAAGCAAGCUGCUGCUGCUGCUGCUGCUCCAAUCUCUGAGAGCGCCAAAGCAGCGGUUCAGACUCCUUCUGCGGCCAAUGCUGGUGAAGCACUCCACGGUGCUCCAAGUAACGGACUUGUGCAAUAUCAAGGCAACAUGGUGGCACAACACGGCCCUGAAUUCAGACAAGCCGGCCCUGCGUAUCCCAAUGGUAGCAUGCCUCCUCCGAAUCAUGCAGGUGGUCCUCCAAUGAUGAUGCCCAACCAGCACUUUGCCGGUUCUGGUCCAUGGAAACUGGAAGAAAGCUAUCUUGCAGAACCUCUUAACCAAGUGUCUCGUAACCGAUCCGGUACCAGCGGAUCUCGUUCGCCUGCAUUCCCCGGAUUUGAGGGACGUCCCGGCUUCCCAGGACCACAAGGCCCAGAAUUUGGCGGUGCCAAUCAGCCACGAUCUCAAGAUAUGCCACCUUCUUCCGCUCAGCGAUACCCUGGUCUGUUUGCGCCUCAAGGGGAUGGAGCAAUGCCUCACCUAGGUCAAGGAGCUGGGUGGAGAGGAGAUGGACCAAACCCGAGGGGAACAAGCAGCGAGUUUGGCAUUGCUGGAAUGGGCCCUCCUGGACCAGAAGAGCGUGGUCGCUCCAAGAGAGGUUCCGGCAUUUUCAAUCAGAUUGGCGAUAAGAUUGCCCGUGCAACCUCGCGAGACCGUUUCUCCUCGAACGCUGAUGGUAGACUCUCGCGAACCAACACACGUGAUGAGUAUACCAGUGAGAAUGCCGAAGACAUGCAAGACAACAAGAAGCGCCGCUCUAGCUUCAUGAUGAACCUCGGCCGCCGAGGCUCUAUGGAGCAGAGUCGACCCCAGGAUUCUUUCGGUCCGCCCAAGCGCGCCGCUACAGAUAUGUCGUUUGGAACUGAGGACAGCCAAGGCCGUCGCAAGUCGUUUAUGAAUACGCUAGCAGCAGCGCAAAACAAGUUCUUGCCCUCAACUGGUUCACGACUGUCCAUGUCCAUGUCGCGACCCGAGUACGAAGAUGAGGCUACGACUCCCAGCAAAAAGAAGCGAUUUUCAGACAUGACCAAGCUUUUCCGCAAGUCCAAGAAUACCGAUGGAUCAGAUCGACCACCGUCUCGUAAUGCGCUCAGCACUUUCAGCUCGCAACAGGGUUCGCGCCCAGGUUCCAACGAUUGGGCCGCACCACGACAGCGCAGUGGUACACUCGGUUCCAUGGAGAAUGGCGAUGGAGCCACCACACCGAGAGGUAGAGGCUCCAGUAUGGCAAACUUCUUUGCUCGUCGCUCUGGCUCACACCAGCGCACUGGCGAGGUUGCUGACCCAAGUCGCCAGCCCCAGGCAGCUCAGCAAGGACCUGUUGAUUCGUCGAUUCACUCGCAGAACUGGCAAAACAUCCCUAGACCGCCUUCGCAGCAACGAAGAGACGGCUCUAUUCCAGCCAAUCGCUCUAGGGCCAACUCCAACCGCAAUUCGACUGAUUUCGAGCAGAGACGCACAUCGCAACUGUGGACGCAGCCUGCAACGGCAUCUCCACUGACCUAUGGACUACCUACACCCGCUCCUUUCAAACCACAUGCUGAUGGUGAUAGCGGCGUGCGACAAUCGAUGAGCUCUGAAGCAGGCGAUCCCUCCGCUGAUACUUUGGAGGGAUCAACUCUACAAAUGCCGCACCAGGGACUCGCAAUCCCCGAUCUUGAUGGCAGUGGGAAGCGCCCGAUGAGCGCAGAUGAUGAUACCAGAACCGAGCGAGGCGAUCAAGACGUUCAUGAACCUGAGCAACAAGAGAGGAGAGAAUCUGAGGCUAUCACGGCACCCACCGAAUCGAGACCCUCCAUCACUUCUCUUGCUAGCUCCAUGAUUUCUCGUCAAGAUACAAAUGACUCUACGAGUGAUGUUGCUGAUACGACUGUUUCUCGAAGCUCUGUUGCAUCCCCCACUGAUAGGCAAACACCUUCUCAAGAACAGACUCCUAUGCAACCUCCAGUAGUGCAACAUGCCGCAAAUUUCAACCCCGCUUCGGGUGCCAAUGAGCCUGCACCUCCUAGCGGCUGGAACCGCGCCCAACAGGCACCUCAACCGCCAAUGGGAGGAACACCAGGAUAUGGUCAUAUGCGCGUUGAUCAAUAUGGCCGACCCAUGGGCCCUGUACCUGUUCCUGUUGAUCAGUAUGGACGCCCGCUUGGCUCUGCUCACCCAUCGCAGCAACCCCAGCACUCUCAGCAACCGUAUCAACAAGCCUAUCAGCAGCCUCAACAACAACAACAGCACCCCAACAUGGGAGCGGUGUAUGGCAACAACCUCCCUCCUCAUAUGGGUGAUGGCGCUCCAGGAUCUCAAACGCCUGUGAACGCAUCUCCAAGAUCCAAGAUGAGCCUGGACAAGGCUUUGCCUGCUGCCCCGGACAAGAAUGAGCGCGAAGGCGGUUCUCGCUGGAAGGGACUGCGUAGCAAGAUGACUGAGCAGAUGAACAACAUGUCCCAAGGCAUGAGCCGAGAGGACAAACCAGAAAAGGCAGACAAGGGCGAUCGUACUGACCGUCACUCUGGAAAGAAACUCAUGGAUGCUUUCAAGCGCAGCUCAAAGCAGGCAGAUGCUCCAGUCACAUCGCCCGGCAAGUCUGCGCCGGGCUACUAUAACCAUUAUCUGGAAAGCCCUGGCCAGGGGGAUCCCCCUCAGCAGUCCCAAUCACAGCCCAUGUCGCCGCAUGAGCAAAUGUAUGUUGUUUCUCCUCAGCAUCGCAUGUCUGCGCAGAACAACUACUUCCCUCCGCAACCCUCGGCGCGUUCUUCUACCAUGCCCGUAGGCUUCCCCGGUCCUCAGGCACCUGCACCCGCAUCUAUUCAAGGAACCCUGCUUAAUCAGAUGAGACAGCCGCCCCCUGGCGCUGCAAACCAUCGCGAACCAGAGACACCUAUCCGCACGGAUCUCCAAUUCUCACAACCCCUACCUAGAAACGCUCCUCCAAGCCAUUCUCCCCAAAGUGUCUCUCCUCAACCCCCUCGCCACUCUGGCUACGGUCAGCCAGCACACGUAUCCCAGGAGCCCUCGCCUGAGUCGCAGCGUGAUGUCCGGGAAACGGUACCUGUGUCGUCGCCUGGUGUGCGCAUAGUUCAUGAUGAACCAGCACCACCACAGCAACAGCCGAGAGCGAGCCCACCUGUUCAAAAGCAACCCGAGAUUGCCGUUGGCACAGGUCACGAGGAGCCUGAAGACGUUGUGGUUACGCCCAUGUCUGCAUUCCCCAAGCCAACCAAGGCCGAGCCAGUCAAUGAGGCCAAGAGAGCUUCUGUAGCCUCAAAGCCAGCUGAGCCCAGCCCAGUGAUUGAAAAUGUCCAGGCCGCGGCAGUUGUUGCAGCUCCAUUAGCAGCUGCCUCUGCUACUACCACCGCUGCUGUUGCUAGCGAGAGCCCUGCCAAGGAACCCUCAUCAAGCUUCAAUAUUGAACUAGAGGACACUGCCGACGCUCGUCAGCGCACCAUUCGUUUAGAAAGCCAGGAAGAGAAGAUUGCUUAUGACCCUCUUGAUGCCGAGCCUGUCAUGGCAGCAACCAGUUAUCCUGGUCAAGAGUGGAAUCCAUACGGUGACAACUUUGGAGACUGGACUGAAGACUAAAAAAGAAGUGCACGGCUACCAGGUCGUGUUGUUUUGAUAUGUAACUUUCUUCUCGUUUUGCAUUGUUUAUUUUGUUUCUAUAUCCCAAAAACCUCCCCAUGUUUGAGUAGCCUUCUUUAUUUCGUUUGUUGUUUUUAAUACCACCUGGAUACAAGUUAAGAGAAGGAGAUUUCACAGUUUGAUGCAUGGUGAUUGAACAAAAAAAGAGAGCUUCGUUUCUAUUAAAGAGAAUUACAAAUACAUGUUCCUUGUAACUGUGCUUAUACCAUUCUUCGUGUGCUCGUGAAAUGAGAAAUCUAAUCUAUACAAAAACUAAAAGAAAGAAGGAUAUGCUUGCUGAAAAUGGGGAUAAAAUGAGAGAGAAAGUAGACAUUAGAGAUGUCAAGAAGACGGCAGCUAUUCAACCACGCCCAUCUUGAGCUUGUUGAGGGCGCUUUCGUAGUUGGCAGGGCUGUGGUCCGUAAGCAUGCUUGUUCCGAAGCGAGCUUCGCCGAAUCGGCCCUCGACGUCACGGAUGUACUUGAGGACUACGCGCUGCGCGGGACGCCCAAGCUGCCGUUCACUAACUAGCACAAAGGCGUCUCGUCGCAGAACCCGCUGUGUCUCGACGGUGAAGACCUCCCCGGGCGGAAGGAGCUUGUUGUUGGUCAUGGUAUCGCGAAGGGCCUGAAGGGCUGGCAGCAUCCAAGCGUCUUCGUCGUUGGAGGGGAUACGGCGUGCGCCAGCAGAGAGGUUGUUCUGGAAGGCAGCCCAGAGGCGGGCGCGGAUCUCCGUCUUAGUGCGGUUUUCUUUAUUCUUAAAGGCCAGCGCGAGGGCCUGGAAGUCGUGGAGUAGUCCGAGCGAUAGGUGAGGGACCAGAUCGCUGCCGUGGACGACGCUGGUGAUGAGGCCGCGCGUGAUUUUGCGGAGGCCAGAGGACAUGACGCCCGGAGGACCGUAUGCGUACACGUGAAUGCGGCGGCCCGGCGGUAGUUUCACGUCAGAGAAGCUGUGGUCUAUAAAGGAGCCGUCGGUAAUCAUCUUUGUGUAGAGUGACUCGGAUGCUGUGACGAAGCCGGGACCCUGGCGAUUGGGUUCUGAAAGCAUUAGGCCGAGAAGAGAUGUGACGCCUGCACCGAGAGAGUGGCCGCAUAGGACGAGUCCAUAGUCGGAGAAUUCUUGUAGUGCUGCCUUGAGAGUAAACAAGACGCGGCCGUCACCGCCGUAUAGUAGGCGACGAGCAGAGGCGUGCAUGCCCUUGUGUACCUGGUAGCUGUGGCCUUUCCAGACAAGAUCGUCAAAUUCACAGGCCAUAUCUGUCAUGACAUCUUCAAAUCCAAGCGUUCCUCGACAGGCAAGUACGACAGCCUUGGCUUCGUGGUCCAGCGAGAUGUAAUGGACAAGCGGGACGCCAGUACCAGUUGCGCCUGUGGCGUCGGUGCCACCUUGGGGAUCUACGAAGGAUGCUAGAAGAAUGUUGCCGGCGUCUGAUUCUGUAUGGUGGGCAAAAUGGCGAACAUCAUGGUGGGUUGUAUCCCAGGCUUUGCCAGUGGGCAUGUCGGACGAGAUUCCAAGGAACUUCAUAAAGUUGGAGCCGUAGCACGCCGAAGAGAAGCGCAUAUAUCGGACAAUGUUGGGCAGUAAGUGGCCAGACGGAAACGUACCAUCCACAAACCCUUCCCUUCGAAGCGUCUCUAGGGCAUCGGUUGCGCUAUAGGCGCUCUUCUUAUAAUAUGACGAGAGCACGAGCGAUGUUUGCGAGUCGUUGGUUGCGAGACUAUAGAGACUCGGGGCGUAGGCAGAGCCAUGGCGACGAUGACCGCGGCGUGGGGCUGCCGAAUGGGCUCCAUAUGCUGCUUCGGCUCUCGCCCAGAGUGUGCUGUCUUGCGACGUUGAGACGUCUGAUCUGCGGACGGUUGGUGAGGCUGGUUGGAGUCCGCCGGCCGGGGUCAUGGUGUAAGUGUCUGUUUGAGACACGAGCGAAUCGCGCCGGCGGUCUUGGAUAGAGACAUAGCUAGCUCUGGACGAGCUUCGGGGUAAGAUCUCUGGCGUUUGAACCGACCGCCGUGAAGCAAUGGUUCGCUCGUUGUUUCUUUGAGGCCGAGAGGGAAGAGGCUUUGAUUUGACUGAACCAGCUGAGGACGUGGAGAGCGGUCGUUCAGGCUUCGUGCCACUCUUACUUUUAGAGCCUUGACUAGGUUCAACGCCAUCUUUGUUCCAAAUGUUGGACAGAGACUGGCCACCUUCUUUGAGUGCCUGCUUCAAGCCUGUCUUCUUGUCUGUCGAUCGACCCAAGGAAGCCGCGUCGCCUUUGCGCUUUGCAACAGGUUUACGUACUCCAGAGCUGUCCGCCCGGUGCUUGUCGGUCCGCUCCGGAGUUCCAUUGGCUGGGGUUCUAGCCUUCUUCUGGUUCGCCGCUGGCUCCAUAGAUCUCGACAAGCGGGACUGUGCUCGCGCUGCGGUUUGCGUUCCUGUCGCUGGUGGUCCGGCAGAGAGGCGUCUUUCUGGCUUUGGUGGCGCCUCGACCUUCACUUGCGGUACCGUACGAGGACUGUUUGGCACAGCCUUGAAUGUUCCGCUGGCUGCAUCGUAUUGCAUGACAUCUUUGGGGUCGUCCUCCUUUGCGUCAGUCAUGAUAGCGUCCUCUGCACCAUUUCCAGAGAAUACCAUGGAUCGGAACUUGUCUCGUUCAAGCUUAUAAACAACUCUAUAUGAAGACGUCUGACUUUCAUCGCCGCCGUAUGAGAGCCAAGAUUUCGAUUGCGGCUUGGCGGGAAUAAUGCUUGUUUCCACAAUCUCUGCUCCAGGAGGUGUGGGCAGAGCUGGCAAAUCCGGGCCUUCCACAUCGACCGCAAUGGUCUGUAUGGUUGACACGGAGUUGGAUAUUGUGACUUUUGUAUCAGCAGGGAGCGACGAUAUGAUUUGAUGUCGGAGUCUCUCUAGAACAACAUCAUCUUCUGCAUGUUGCAUAUCGCCUGGAGUUGUUGGUGAUGGUAUUUGGUCUUCACUAUAACCACGCUGUAAAGCCAUUUGGUUGUCAAUGUCGACCCGCUCGCCAUCAUUAAGGACAACUACAUCCCAUAUGACUUCUUCAUACGAACGUCUUCGGUCUUCUUCUUCACGAAACCUGUAGCAGGACUGUUGAAGAUAUGCCAGAGCGCUAAGAGCGAGCACUAAAUCUGUAACGCCGACCUUUUCUCCCUGGUUUCCAGUGAUGGGAUUUCGAAAUUCGCGGCGGAUUAGCGUGAUAAUACUCGCGACAGCGCGAGACGAAUCUGUUGAUCCUAAAAUCCUAUCCAGAGAAGAAAGAACGAUUUGGCUGGCCUCGGACGCGGCGGAUAAUGUGGUGCCUGUAAGUCGGAAACUAGCCGACGUCCAAAAGACGACUUGGAUAACAGCAUAGUGCAGGCUCUCGAGACUCUUUUCCAAGACAGAUUCGGCAUCAGCAGCGGCUAUUGCACUCGUAGCAGUGUCUUUGCCUGCCUUUAUCAGGACCACCUCUACUAAGCCGCGGGCAAGUUCGAGACUGGAGAGCGUUGUGAAUCGGGCCGCAUCGAGACCGUACGCGCUAACAAGCGAACCGAGGCGGAUAGCAAAGGACGUCGAUCGAGUCGCUAAACUGACAGCAUGCGCAAUAGGCGAAGGUAGAAGCGUUGGACCAAGAGACUGGUUAGAAGUCUUGGGUGUUGUUAAUAUUGAUUGCGAUUUGGCCGCGAUUUGUUGGGGCGUAUUAGGAGGGUCUGAGGAGGUCAUCGCGGCGGCGGAGCUACCUGCAUGUCGCUGUAGCAGGACGAGCUGUAAAGGGCAGGAGAAUGCACCUGGUAUUGCAAGGGUUGGUGAAUUACAAAAAUUAAAGGAGUGUGCAGAUGGGAAAGAGAGAAAAAGGAAAAUAGAAGAUCCUAGUUGGAACAAAUCAAAAAACUGUUGAGGGAUGGACCAGGCGACAGCUGGCGGGCACCUGUUGGGCACCUGGCAAUGACCGUGGCAGUGGCAAAAGCGCGUUCUGGCGUCUUGUUCUAGAAGGUGACGUGCGCCAGGUACAAGUUACUCGGAUACAUGCCAUUUCAAGCCAUACUACGAGUCUAGUGGCGUA